AUGUGAAAAUUGUUAUGGUAUUUUGAAGUCGAAACUAUGUGUUUAGAUCAAAAUGAAUUGUUGGUACUUAAAUGUUUUGAGAAAAAGGGAAAUGAAAUUUCAGUGUAAUCAGGAUUUCUUAUUAAAUUUUAGAGUGAUUUGGGCAAUUUUUUUUUCGCUAAUUGUGAGGAAUGUUAACUAGUUUUUGAAAUUAUUGGGGUGGAUUUUGCAAUUUUUACUCCAACGCUAAUAUUUUUUUUUUUGCUCCAAAUUUCCUUUGUUUGAACUCACUGAUGAAGAAAGGAAUUUUCUUAAAUGGUUUUAAAUCGUGUUUAAUCUUGCAAUUUUUCUUUGACGUUUGAAAUUUAGGUGUUAGGCUUUGGUUGGGCUGGUCUUUUCAGGAAAUAUCUGGUUGAGCCAGGGGAAAUGUGGUGGCCAACUAAUUUGGUUCAGGUCUCUCUGUUCAGUGCUUUACAUGAGAAAGAAAAAAGACCAAAAGGGGGAAUGUCUCGCAAUAAAUUCUUUGUUCUUGUCUUGGCGAGCGGUUUUGCUUACUAUGUCUUGCCUGGCUAUUUGUUUACUAUGUUGACAUCAAUAUCAUGGGUAUGUUGGUUGGAUCCCAAGUCUGUUCUAGUCCAACAAUUGGGUUCAGGGAUGAAAGGACUUGGAAUUGGUUCCAUUGGACUUGACUGGUCUACAAUUUCUGCAUAUCUUGCGAGUCCUCUCGCUAGCCCCUGGUUUGCCACUGCCAAUGUUGCUGUUGGUUACUGCCUUUUUAUGUACGUGUUGAUACCAAUUGGCUAUUGGUUCAAUUUCUACAAAGCCAAGAACUUCCCCAUAUAUUCUCAAGAUCUUUUCAUGGCAAACGGUGAAAAAUAUGAUAUUUUGAGCAUUGUCGACUCGCACUUUCAUCUUGAUAGGGAUGCUUAUGCGAAGAAUGGUUCUAUACAUCUUUGCUUCUUAUUUGCUGUGACUUAUGGUAUCGGAUUUGCCACACUAUCUGCUACACUUGUCCAUGUGAUACUCUUUAAUGGAAGUGACCUAUGGAGGCAAACCAGAAGUGCGUUUAGCGAUGAUAAGAAAAUAGAUAUACACACAAAACUGAUGAAGGUAUAUGAUGCAGUGCCGAUGUGGUGGUUUUGGGUUAUCCUUGUGGUGAACAUUGCUGCAAUAAUCUUUGCUUGCCAGUACUACAACGAGUCACUUCAGUUGCCUUGGUGGGGUGUGUUGCUAGCUUGUGGUAUUGCUGUUACCUUCACUCUUCCAAUUGGUAUCAUCUACGCCACCACAAACCAGCAACCAGGUUUGAACAUAAUUACAGAAUAUGUGAUCGGGUAUAUCUACCCAGAGCGCCCUGUUGCUAACAUGUGCUUCAAGGUAUAUGGAUAUAUUAGCAUGACUCAAGCUCUAUCCUUUCUUGCUGACUUCAAGCUUGGCCAUUACAUGAAAAUUCCUCCAAGAGCAAUGUUCAUGGCUCAGGUAGUAGGAACAGUGUUAGCAGUACUGGUAUACACUGUAACUGCUUGGUGGUUAAUGGCCGACAUUCCAAAUCUUUGUGAUACCAAUUUGCUUCCCAGUGACAGCCCUUGGACAUGCCCUAUGGAUCGUGUAUUCUUUGAUGCCUCGGUCAUAUGGGGGCUUGUUGGCCCUCGAAGAAUUUUCGGAGAUCUUGGAGAAUAUGGGAAGGUGAAUUGGUUCUUUCUUGGUGGAGCCAUAGCACCUCUUCUAGUGUGGCUUGCCCACAAAUUAAUCCCUGGGCAGAAAUGGAUAAAGCACAUCCACAUGCCUGUCCUUUUGGGUUCCACAGCAAUGAUGCCUCCAGCUUCUGCAGUAAACUUCAACAGUUGGAUCUUCCUUGGAUUUAUCUCUGGUUUCAUAGUUUUUAGGUUUAGACCGGAAUUGUGGAAGCGAUACAAUUACAUUCUCUCCGGUGGCCUUGAUGCCGGGACUUCGUUUAUGACAGUGCUGUUGUUUCUUGCCCUGGGAUCCAAGAAUAUUGGCCUUGAAUGGUGGGGAAAUAAAGGAGAAGGUUGUCCCUUAGCUUCUUGUCCAACUGCAAGAGGGGUUAAGGUUGAUGGCUGCCCAGUUGUAAAUUGACUUAAUUUCCACUGUGUUCAGAACUAUUAUCAGUCCCUUUGUAAAUUGUUUUCUUUUUAUGAGAUUAUUUUGAUAUUUCAGAUGAUA